CAGCUUCCCAAAGAAACCCUCCCCACCCAAGCAGUAAACGCAUACUAUUUUAUUGAAGGCCAAAAGAAAACAAAUCACGUCUUAUUCACAAACCACCAUGUCCGACGGCCAUCACCACCACCACCACAGUAACCACCGCCACAAAGAAAAUCCGGCUGGCGAGAUUGAUUACAAAAGGGAAGAGAAACACCACAAGCAUAAGGAACAUCUUGGAAAGCUGGGAGCUGCUGCUGCUGGAGCCUUCGCAUUGCAUGAGAAGAAGGCAAAGAAAGAUCCAGAACAUGCACACAGUCACAAGAUCAAAGAGGAGAUUGCAGCAGCUGUUGCUGUUGGAGCUGGUGGCUAUGCGAUUCACGAGCAUCACAAGAAGAAAGAAGCAAAGAAGAAAUAUGGAGAGGCUCAUGGAAAGAAGCAUCACCACUUCUUUCAUUGAUUUUAUUAACUUAUCGUGAAUAUAUAUAUAUAUAUAUAUAUAAAUAUGGAUUAUUUAUGGAGCUUCAACUUCUCUCUUGGUGUAUCGUGUUUUGCACUAUAUAUGCUUAACCUCAUGAUUCUCUUAAGGUAUUACAGUACUCUGUGUUCAGUACUGGGGCAGGGCAAGACAGAACCGAGUAGGAGAGAAGCUGAAUUCAGAUUUGUGAUAAUCAUAUAUAGUCUUUUGAUUUACUUUUGGAAUAUUAAUUAAUUGGUUCAUUUGUGUAGCAGGAGUUUACAAUAUAAUAUAUUUGUGGAUUUAUUUGUA